AUGUACAACACGAAGUCUUCCUGCAAGGCAUUUUGCUGUGAUGUCAGCCUGACGACCACUGACCGGAAGGUCAAAAUUGUACCUGGAAUCCAAUACUACUUAGAUGGUGAUCGAAGUCCGAACAAUGGCCCAAUAGUGAUCGCCUCUCGAUUGAGGAAGGAGGUCGAACUAGAUGUGUCGACGCAACUUAGUGGUGGUGCCUGUAUGAACACUUCAAGACACUACGAGAGUUCUGAAAUUGCAAGUAUAAGCACCCUGGCCCGCACACCAGGUCAACCUCAGGAAACAGCACGGGUGCGAAACAGCAAGACCAACAACAACACAUCAACUCUCCCACCCAACCGGUAUGGCAUAAUCGGCACCGCUAACGCGCCGCACGAAGCCACCACGUUCGGCGACCACCCACGUGCCCGCGCGGCUCGUAACGCGCCUGCACGACGCCAACACCAGUCCAUGACGCGUGCUAUGGGAUUUUCCCCGUUUCCAUCGCGAUCUGGAGAAGGGGCGGAUUCACAAUGCCUCGAAGAGGAAACUGCUUAG